AUGGGUAGUAUCGUUUUCUCUCGAGAUGACCUUGUGGAUCCAGACUCCACUGUAGGAAAUGACUUCUUCAACUUCAAUGCCGAGCUUACGGAGCACGCAGUAAAACCCAAUUCAGCUGAUUUCUUCCCUUCUUUGCGUUGGUUAGACCCACAAGGUUUGAAAAAGAGGAUUGAAGAGAAGCAGGCACAAAUUCUUCAGAUCAUUGGUUCAUUCAUCGAGGAAAGGCGAUGCGUGACAAAGGACAUGGACAGGAACAUAGAACUCGCACACAACACGAAAAUGGAGAAGAAAAAGACGGAUUUCUUGGAUGUCUUGAUGGAAUUUGAAGGCAAUGGGAAGGAUGAACCAACUAAAAUUUCAGAUGCAAAUCUCACUGUCUUUAUAUUGGAAUUAUUUAUGGGAGCAACCGAGACGACAAGCACGACAGUAGAAUGGGCAAUGACAGAACUCCUCCACAAUCCAGAGACAAUGAAGAAGGCCCAAGCUGAGAUUACUCAAGUUAUAGGCCACGACAGGAAACUUGAAGAGAAUGACAUAAAAGACCUACCCUAUCUAAGCGCAGUAAUCAAAGAGACACUGAGAUUACAUCCUGCAGCGCCAUUACUGGCACCUCGGAUUGCUGUUACAGACACCGAGUUGAUGGGGUAUCGGAUACCCAAAGACACCAUGGUGUUGGUCAAUAUUUGGGGAAUAGCAAAGAACCCAAAUGUUUGGGGUGCUGAUCAUUUGUUGUUCAAACCAGAACGGUUCUUGAGCUCUAAUCUCGAAUACCGUGGACAGAAUUUCGAGUUUAUACCAUUUGGAGCAGGAAGGCGUAUUUGUCCUGGAAUCUCCAUGACUCAACAAAUGCUACCGCUGGCCUUAGGAUCACUCGUCCAAUCUUUCGAAUGGGUUCUUGAAAACGGCAUGACACCUGAUACAACUUGGGAGAAAGGAUGGGCAUCACAUUGCGUAAAACCAUUCCCUUGA